AUGAUCAGGUUCUUGCGCAUCCACCAAGGGACGCGCGCCUUCCUGCGGAGUCCCGAGUUGCACGACGAGAAGGCGCUGCAGGCGUUGCGACCAGCGUGCACGCGUUUUGGGUCGCAGUAUGACGUAGUGUCCCGUCUUUGCAAGAUUCACCCGCAGCUGAUGCAGAUGGUGGUGUACGACGAUUGGAAGGGGAGUGGGAGGAAGGCGACAGAGGAGCAGUUCGAGGGGUGGGUGAUGGAUGGGGUGUGGUGGAAGAAGGCGGAGUUCUUUGUGCAGGUCAUGGAGCUGCCGUUCAUUGUGAUGAGGAGGACAAAUUCGGAGGCGAAGGGGAUGAUGGGAGCAAUCUACAAUAUCAUGCUGCAGCCGACAGAUGAGUUGACGACACUGCUGGAUAGCGAGGAGUGUCGGCUGAAGGAGGAGGAGACGGAGGAGGGGUACAAGUUGGAGGAGGAUGGGGAGGUGGAGGUGGAUGAGGACGACGUGUGUGUGGAUGAGUACAUGCAAGGGGAGGGCAAGGAGGGCGGGGAGUAG